AUGGAAAACGUUAUUACAGGAUAUGAUCCUUCUUCGAGCAAAGGAGGAGCUCUGGCGAUUGAUUGUCCGUCUUGCAACAAUAUGACAAUUCGUUUGGAAGAAGUUUCAUUCAUGUACAAUUCAGCCGCCAAUGGGUCCUCGACUCUGUGGUUGGACGUCUGGAAAUCGAACAUCUCUAUUGUAGAUUCUUUUUUCGUUGGUAACUCACUUCAUAACAAGAGAUUUUAUUACGGAUUGGCAAUCGCACACAUUUCCUCAAGUUUCCUCGGUUUAUUUGUUAUUAGAACCCUCAUAUCUGGAAAUUAUGCAGAACGUUGGGCAGAUAAAAACAAAAGACCGUUUCUUUUAUUUAUAUACUCUGGGAGUCAUAUAGAAAUAAAUAUUGAUGGAUUACAAUUCAAGAAUAACAAAGAUAGUGGGAUUCGUGUUGAAGUGAGUGAUCUUCAAGGUCUCAAAUCAAAUACUGUUUCAAUAGCGAACGCUCAUUUCAAAAAUAACGAACUCUUUUCAAUAAAUUUCACGGUGAGAGGAAAUUCGUUGGUACAAAUUAAAAACACUUCAUUCAGAGGAAACACAUAUUUAAGUUCAAAUGUACCACUAUUUUCGUUCUACUCUGUAACUCAGGGAAACAACAUAACGAUUGAAGAUGCCAUCUUUGAGAACAAUACAUCGCCAGGGGUAAUUGUACUGUUUCGAUUUCCUCCCGAUAAUAUAGAUCGUGAGGUUUGUAAUUGGUAUGAUUACAAAAACGAAGUUCGACUGACUAACGUAUUAUUCCGUAAGAACAAAGCCUUAAAUCCCUCUAUUAUACGACUAGAAAGUGGUUGGAAUGUUUUCAGCGAAUGUCAGUUUGUUGACAAUUAUGCCUCUUAUACUGUUUUCGUCGGAGAAAGCUCUACUAAUCUCGAACUGAUUGACACCUCUUUUCAUAAGUCUUCACAAUGGGAGGAGACAUUUAGCGGCUUUAUAUACUUUGCAAGUAGUGGGCCAAUAAAACUGAAAAACACGACUCUCAAAGCCAAACCGUUUCAGGAUAUUGACUCGUACUUUAUGGUAACUGGCUCAAACUCAUCAAAUAUUGAUAAUUCGUCGAUCAUUCAGUGCCCAAUUCUCGGUUUUCACUGUCACGCAAUCAAAAAUAAAAUUGCAAACCAUUCGAUACAGAAAGUCCCGAAUCUUGGAAAUAAAAGAAGAUAAAUAAGCAAAAGACCUUGCCAAGAAUCAGGUCUGUGCGAUAUUUCAUAUGCGAGAUAUUAGGAAAAACGUUUUACCCAAAUUUAUAAAGCUUUGUAUGGAGGCGCCAUGUUUGUGUCCCUUUGAGGGGCACAAAUAUGGCCGCCGGAAACCAACAGAAACAUCUGUUUUUGAGUUUUCCUACUAAUGCGUUAAUUCAUCGCUUAAAAAACUCAUAAACUAUUAAAGUGAUAUUUAUUCUGACAGAAGGAAUGUUUAGAUAGCAAAAUCUCCCAAAACUGGUAAUGUUUUUAACCCACAGAAGAGCAGUCCCGGCCGCCAGCUAAAUGCCGCGUCACGCAAAAGCCUAGAAAUUCAAACGUCCUCUAUCGCAAAACGAAGAACCCUUUCGAACCAAACCUCUGUUUAAAUAAAGGUGUUUAGGUGCUGUAAUACCUCAUGAAACUCAGAAUCUCAGAAGAAUCGAUAGUUUCUUAGUUUGAAUUUUGAUGACGUCAUGUGAAAACCGAGAAUAGGAACGUUGCAAUCCUUAAGGAACUUCACACACCUUCGUCUGAAUUCAAAUGGUUACUGCAAAAACGAAAUAUACGAGACUAUAGCUCAAUCAUUUACUUACUCUUGUAAACGAUGUCCUCCUGGAUACUACUGUGUUGAACCAUCUGGUAAAAGUUGUCGGCCCUGCCCUUAUGGUGGGAAUUGCACAAGGAACAUCGCCGCCAGCCCAACAUUUUGGGGAUUUCCUUCACUUGAUGACCACGGAUCAGUUAGCUUCCGACAAUGUUCUACUGACUACUGUUGUCCAUAUCGAAAUGUUAGCUGCAAGUACGAAAACCAAAGAUAUUUGGCGAGUGGGUGUUCUGGAAAUCGCACUGGUGUCCUUUGUGGACAAUGUAAAUCUGGUUAUACAGAAACGCUCUUUUCUGCAAAGUGCCGAGAGAACAACAACUGCAAAGAUUAUUGGUUCUGGCCAGUCGUUUUGUUGUACAGUUUUGCGUUUAGCUUCUUCCUUCUUCGAAAGUCUUCAAUCAUAUGUUAUGCCCGGCGGAUUUUACCAUGGGCCCGAAAGAGAGCAGCUGUCAGUGAUUUGACAUCGGAUGGCAGUGGAUACGUCAAGGUGAUUUUCUACUUCUACCAAGUCGCUGGUUUAGUAUUUGUAUCUAAAGACAGCGAGAUGCAUCUGGCAGAAAACUACUUAUUAGUCGCUGUAAUGGGGUGGUUCGAUUUCAAAGCAAUUGGCUUAAAAGGCGGUUUGGUUUGCCCAUUUCUCGGACUAACAGUUGUUUCAAAGAUCUUCUUGCAGGCCUCUCAAGUGUUUGCCGUACUCUUUGGUGUCCUACUCAUUUUCGUCGUCAAUGGAGCUAAAAGAAAAAUACAACGAAAACGUCCUGUCUUCCCUCCCGCUGAUCAAUACCUAGCUGCCACAGUAGAUUGUUUGCUGCUAAGUUACUCAACAUUAGCGCUAACGGCUCUCAAGGCGCUGAAUUGCGUUCCCAUUCAAUCAACAUCACGGUUCUUCUACGAUGAGAAUAUCCAGUGCUGGACUUGGUGGCAGAAACUAUGCGCGGUCUUUAUCUUCAUGUACAUUGUACCGUUUGUUUCAGUUUUGUAUAGCGGAUCUAAACUGCUCUUUAGUAAAGAAAUUUCCACGAAGCGGUUCUUGUAUGCUUGUUUGUGUCCCUUGCCGUUCGCCAUUUGGUGGAUGGUUUUUUGCAAGAAGAUUCCCCCUACUAAUACAGAGACCCACCAAGUUAGCGACGAACAACUGCCUUUGCUACCUCCACGUGCAAGUUCCUCAAGAAACGAUAUACCCGUCCAGGAUUCAACAGCGAAAGUUAUUUACGGACCCUUUAAGGAAUGUAUCGACGGCCAGGAUUCAGGAGCAGUGUUUUGGGAGAGUGUCCUCAUUGCUCGCCGUCUGGUGCUGAUUUCCCUGCACACUUUCAUCGUGUUUCCCUUCAUCCGGAUGGUUUGCUUAAGUAUCGCGUGUGCUUUUAUUCUCGUACAUCACUUGUGGAAAAGACCAUUCAAAGACCCUUGGGUAAACGGUGGAGAGACUGCCUCGUUAGCCGCCCUUCUCGUCUUGGUGGUUAUCAACAUGGUGGAACUUAUUUUCUCUCUCAGUGGUGGGACCAUUUCAGAACAGGACCACAUAUGUUUAGUGCUGUUAAAGGUAGUUGAAGUAAUAAUCAUAGGAAUACUUCCUGUAGUGUUUGUUCUUGUCAUUUUGUUUUCUCUCCUGUGGCAGCUUUUAAGGAUCUGUCGGUUCUUUUGCCUAAUCUUUUGUAGAUUAUUUGUCACGAAUAGAUGCGAAAAUUGA